UCUUCCCCAAGAUGGCGAAGCACCUGUCCCUCCACUGUUAGGAUACCGAAACAGCUGACGUUUAAGCGAUGUCGACGGACGAGCUGUCGGCGUCGGACAGCGAGGCCGCGCUGGCCGGGGCCGGGGAGCGGUGGGCGCCGGUGGGCGCCGUGGCGAGCCCCGAGGAGGAGAGCCGGAGCGCGGCUCCACGGAGCCGGGCGGCGCCGCCACUGGCCCUGGCCGGCCAGGAGGAGAUGGCGUCCCGGCUGAGGAAGCUGGAGGCGGAGCAGGACUCGCUGAACUCGUCCCUGCUCGCUCUCACGUCUCACUUCGCGCAGGUCCAGUUCCGGCUGAAGCAGGUGGUGCAUGUGCCGGGGGAGGAUAAGGAGAGGAUGCUGUUGGAGCUGGAGGAGUUCGCCUUCAGGGGCUGCCCGCAUGUGCUGGGCUGCAGGGCGGAGGAGCAGCUGCACAGCUCGAGCGAGAGAGAGAAGAGAGAGCGUCUGGAGGCUCAGAGGGAAAAACAAAAGGACCUCAUCUUCCAGCUGAAGACGCAGCUGGACGAUCUGGAGCGCUUCGCCUACCAGGAGGGCAGCUACGACUCCCUGCCGCAGUCUGUUGUCAUGGAGAGACAGAAGGUCAUCAUUGACGAGUUGAUCAAAAAGCUGGAUGUGAAUCUGAACGAGGACAUCGGGAAUUUGACGCCCGAGGAACUGAGGCAGAGAGUGGACGCUGCCAUCGCUCAGAUCGUGAACCCUGCCAGGGUCAAGGAGCAGCUGGUGGACCAGCUCAAAACCCAGAUCAGAGACCUGGAGAUGUUUAUCAACUUCAUCCAGGAUGAGGUGGGGAACCCUCUCCUACCAGAUGGAUGCAGUCAGCAGCCUCAAGCAGCAGGGACCAAUACCAAAGCUUCAGGUGUUCAAAGGAAAGUGGACCCGCAGCAGGCCCAGAGGAUGCGUGAGACCGGCCUGCAGCUGAUCCAGAAGGCUCUGGCCGUGCUGCAGAUCUUCGCCGCCAGCCAGUUCGGCUGCGCCGCCGGCCACGUCCCCCCGAACCUGUGGUCCCAGGAGGCGGCGGGGCAGGACUACGGACCCCUGCUGCAGCGCCUGGAGGCGGCCGUGGAGAAAGUUCGAGUGUUGGGCUCGCGCAGACAUCCCUCCGUGGAACACGUGGUCAGCUACACCAGCACCGCCACGCUGGGGGCUCGAGACGAGCUGACCACGGCCGUGAGGAGGGAGCUAGCCAUCGCUCUGAAAGACCUGCUGGCUCACGGCCUCUUCUCGCCCUCCCAGACCAUGACGCUGGUGCUGGCCCCCAUCUCCUGCCUCCUGCCUUACAGACCGGCCGCGCACACCAUGCACCCGUGGGAACUCUUUGUAAAGUACUACCACUCCAAAAACGGGAAGGCCUUUGUGGAGACGCCGGCCCGCCAGCUCUCACAGUCCUUCAGUCUGCACGUGGGCGCCGGCCCGGUGACGGUCACCCCGAAGCAGUCGCUGCUGUGGGCCAUCCACAGCGUGCUGAAGGAGCACGGGCGCUACAAGCGGGGGCCGGACUCGGAGCUCAAGGCGCUGGUGUGCAUGGCUCUGAACGAGCAGCGCCUGGUGUCGUGGCUCAACCUGCUGUGCAAGUCUGGGACGCUGAUCCACCCGCACUACCAGGCCUGGAGCUACAUGGCCCAGACCGGCUUCGAGGGAGCCCUGCGCAUCCUGGGCCGCAUCAGCCACCUUAGAUUCAACCUCCCGGUGGACUUGGCUGUCCGGCAGCUCAAGAACAUUAAGGACGCUUUCUGAUAGGACCAAAAAACUGGAAAAUUGCAUUUCUCGGCAUAAAAGUAUUUUAUCAGCGAAACCAUACUGCUCUUACUAAAGUAUUCAGGACCAAAAGCAUGACUUUGUUUCAAGUAUGUCACUUUUUUUUGUUUUUAAACAUUACAUGAGAAACAUCCCAUCUGAAGUAAAAGUGCAAGUUUGUGAUGUCAGCGAUUCGUGCGUCGAGUUUGCGUUAAUCUGCAUAUUCCACUAAGUUUUAAGAUGCCAAAUAUCCAGAAGACUACUUGUACUUGCAAACAUGCCUUAGAGUUGAGACUGAGAUUACCUCUCCUUUAGCAAAGCCUUCCUAAUCUCUGUGAGCCGUUUCCAGCAGUCGUACCUGAGAAGUGCCCUGAGCUAUGCAGCCAACGUGGCGAGAGCCAGACUUGUGUAGGAGGCGGUUCUGUAAAGGUUCUGUAACGCCGGGUCCAGUUGGCUGCAGGAGGAAAAUUCACUGCUGCUCUUUCCUUCAUGCAGAGACCAAGGAGCCGGCAUCGGUUAUAUGUUUAUAUAAAUGCAUUUGUCUGCUGUUAGAGAAGAAUUUAUCCAGCAGGUAAAUCAACAAAUUGGUUCAUGGCAACUAGGGAUGGGCGGUAUGGACUAAAGAAUGUAUCACGAUAAUUUCUGGCAUUUAUCCCGAUAACGAUAAAAAUUAUGAUAAAAAUUAUGAUAAAAAAAAAAUACCAAUUAAACUCCACCUUUGUAACUAUAAAUCUAUCACCACAUUCAGUCUUUGGAGCCCCCAAAAUACUGCUCUAAAAGAUACUAAAUACUACUAAACUACACCAAUAAAUUGAAUUAAUAAAAAACAAUUAAAUGAGUUACACCUGUACUGCAAAACUGGAAUGAGUCCUCGCUCUCAGUUCUUUCUUUCUUUCUUUCUUUCUUUCUUUCUUUCUUUCUUUCUUUCUUUCUUUCUUUCUUUCUUUCUUUCUUUCUUUCUUUCUUUCUUUCUUUCUUUCUUUCUUUCUUUCUUUCUUUCUUUCUUUACGUACGUUGUACGUGGAUUUAACGCAGUACCAUAAAUCCGGCUUUACACAAAAAUGUCAUCAACGGGAAUUUAUCGUUUUUACUGCGAGAUGACAAAUUCUUACCGUGGGGAAUUUUUUUGACGGUAUAUUAUGAACGGUAAAAUAUCGCCCAUUCCUAAUGGCAACACUAAACAGAAGCACUCAGGCUGAAUUGAAAGGAGUGCAUAGAAGGAACCGGGGAAACUUUAAAUGUUUGCGUGACUUUUAUCACAAAUAAGCGGCUUUCAACUAUAGCAAACGAAGCUUGUCUUGACUCUUUUUUUUUUUUUUAAAGCGCCUCAGCUGUUCUCGUGUCCGAGGCGUGCGAGCGUUUCAACCCUGUUAGAGCUGCUGCUUUUCUCCUCUUCGGAGGGAUCCAGUGUGAUAUGAAUAUAUCUCAUACCUGACGUGACUGUGGGAUGUAAAAGUUGUAUUCCAGAUGUUCUCUGUCUUGAACAGCUGCACGAAUCAUAUCCUUAAGACCUGAAUGUAUAAUCCAUUGAUGCUGUUUCUGACGUGUUGAUGUGGCCACACGCGUGCAACCAAUCUCAGACUGUGUUUGUACUUUAUUAAUUGAAAUUCUGAUUCCAUAGUUGUGCACUUUGUUAAAUUUUCAUUCUUUUCCACUCGUUUUUCUCCCGUUUGCUUCCACUAUUUAUUCAUUGGAUGGUGACGUAACUGCAGGACACAUCAGGACGUUUGAAAUUGCUGCUGUGUUGUAACUGUAGCAGUCAGUUUGGGAGCAAGACACUGUGUCAUUUAAACUGUGCUAUUUAUGUUAUUUUAUUUGAUCACAGAUAAUAUAUUGGGAGAUAUGAACUUGUGUUAGUUUUGCUUUUUAUUGUAAUUAAUGUAUACAUGCAGAUAAACAAGAUAAUAUAAAUAAGCCUCUUGG